AUGGACCCCGACAACGGUAACCACAAUAACAACAACAAUCGUCUGCGCCUGAACUUUCAGUUCGACAAUCAGCACAACUACGAUGCAGCAAAUGCACGCAUGUAUCCUACCACUCCUUCCACCUUUCCUCAGCCGAUCUAUGGUGGUCAACAGGACUAUCCAGGCGGCAUGUUGUCCCCAAACCCCACCACCACCAAUGGUUAUUUCAUGAAUCAGAAUCAAGGAUAUGGACAAGCGUCACAGCAGCCUCAAUACCAACAACAGUACCAAUACCAGAGUCCAUCUGGUCUCCAGUCUCCUCAGCCGGCCUACCAAGCCAACUCCAGAACCUACAUGGUGAACAACAACAACAACAACAAUGACGCAACCAAUGGCUUGAUCCAGCAGUUCUCGAACCAAGAUUUGAGCGCUACACCCCGUGGAAAUGUCAAUCGGGCUCCCUCCCCUGCCACUUCUCGUCCUCGAACCGCCGGCGAAGGCAGACACGCGCAAACUCCGCACCAGAAUCACCUCGCGCCGCCAGUCCCCAGACCUUCCCCUUCUCCUUCCCCAAAGCCAGAAGAGGAGGAACAGGACCCUCACAAGUACUCUGACAAUAUCAUCAAGAGAGGCACUGCUGCAAAGCAGUUAGUUAACAGCUUCUUCCAAGAAAACAUCGAACGGGCCCGUGACCGCAACAGCCGUGCGAAAGACUUGGAUGCCCUCUUGAAGGACCCGAACGUCAGUGAGCUCCAGAAGCAGAAGGAGAUCAACAUCUUGGCACAGAAGGAGGCACGUUUCUUGCGUUUUCUCCGAACCAAGGAGACCCCUCAGAAUUUCCAAACCAUCAAGGUCAUCGGCAAGGGCGCGUUCGGAGAGGUGAAGCUGGUGCAGCGCAAGUCUGACGGCAAGAUCUAUGCUUUGAAGUCCCUGAUCAAGUCGGAGAUGUUCAAGAAGGAUCAAUUGGCCCAUGUCCGAGCGGAACGUGACAUCCUGGCGGAUUCCAAGGACAACCCAUGGCUUGUCAAGCUCCAUGCUUCGUUCCAGGACUCGGCUUUCCUCUACAUGUUGAUGGAGUUCUUGCCUGGUGGAGACUUGAUGACCAUGCUGAUCAAGUAUGAAAUCUUCUCUGAGGACAUCACCCGGUUUUACAUGGCUGAGAUUGUCAUGGCCAUUGAAGCGGUGCACAAACUUGGUUUCCUUCAUCGUGACAUCAAGCCAGACAACAUUCUCUUGGACAGAGGCGGUCACAUCAAGUUGACGGACUUUGGUCUCUCCACCGGCGGUCGCAAACAGCACGAGAAUUCGUACUAUCAAGCUCUUCUCAAAUCGAAUGCAACCGAUAAGGCCGGUAAUCGCAAUUCGAUGGUGUUGAAUGAGCAGAUCAAUCUGACUGUCAGCAAUCGUGGACUGAUGAACACCUGGAGAAAGUCGCGCCGUCACAUGGCCUAUUCGACCGUCGGUACUCCUGACUACAUUGCACCUGAAAUCUUCCUCGGUCAGGGUUACACCUAUCUCUGCGAUUGGUGGUCAGUUGGCGCCAUCAUGUUCGAAUGUCUGGUCGGUUGGCCACCAUUCUGUGCCGAGGACACUCACGACACCUACCGCAAGAUUGUCAACUGGCGCGAAUCAUUGUACUUUCCAGAAGAUCUGGUCUUGGGACGAGAGGCUGAGGAUAUGAUCCGAAGUUUUCUAUGUGACGCACCAGAUCGUAUCGGCAGAGAAGGAGGAGCACAUGACGGGGCAUCGUCGAUCAAGAGACACCCCUUCUUCCGUGGAGUUGUGUGGGAUCAGUUGCGCAAGAUUCGAGCACCGUUCGAGCCAAGACUGUCUUCCAACAUUGAUGUCAGCUACUUCCCCAUUGACGAAAUCCCUCAGGAGGACAAUAGUGCUGUCCACCGAGCACAUGCCAGACAGGUCUUGCCUGAACAAGAUGCGGAGAUGAGCUUGCCAUUCAUCGGAUACACCUACAAGGCGUUCAAUGCUUUCCAGAAUUCUUGA